GCCUUCUUCAAUCUACACUUAGCUACCAUCAUCAAGAACCAUUCAAUCACUUCACAAUCCAAUUGUUAAUCUAUCCACCAGUAUCUCAAGUCAUACUAUACUAUCAAACAACAAAAUGAAGUCCGCAUUCAUCCUCUCCCUCCUCGCCCUCACCUCCACUGCUGUGGGUUCUCCCUUCAGUCAUACUUCUUCCUCCACUCCGUCGUCCACACCAUCGUCUACUCCUUCGACUACUUCUUGUUUCACUUCCCACACUCCCUCAGCCUCGCCCUUCGGCAUCCCGAAGCACGAUUCAACCAUUUGUGUUCGCAGGGACUGCCCUUCGAACCAAGUGUCCAAAUGCUGCAAGCCGUGGGGUAGCCAUGGAUACUGUGUUGAUGGCACCUGCUACUGCGGCAACAACUGUUUCUAAAUUUCAACUUUGGGGAGAAUGUUUGGAGGUGAUUUGGCGGUUGUUCAUGGAAUAUAAAGGUUUCCUUCAUUCUCACAUAUUGUAUAUUGUUUCAGACGCCAAUUUUACAGAUCUACUUGUAUUCAUUGCUACAUCUCGUUUAAUACGUCCAGCAUACCUUAACUACAUCAUAAACUUUUCUGUGUCAGGCAUAUACCAUAGAGAAUAGAUAUGACAGUUGCUUUCAAAGAUUCGAG